GACAUAAAAAAAAAAAAAUUUACAUCCCCUCUCGUGUGUUUUUCUUUUAUUACAUCCUCACCCUUGUGUUUUCAAAUAUUACACAAACCUCCUUUGUUAGUUGACAAAUAUUACAAAGAAGAUGACUCCUUCAUAUUUUAGCCGUUAAGUUUUCAAUUUUUUUAAAAUACCUAUUACCCCUAAUGGAGUAAAUUACCCUUAUACCCAUCCUGUGAUAACUAAAGAGUACAGUUGAACUCUCACCGGCAACCUCAUUCUGAGCGAACAUUGACUGACUUGGAAACAAUGAAUGGCAAUCGACGAUAAGCAAGAGUGGCAAGCGACGUGUGACAAGGUCCGAGUGAUGAGCGGCGAGCGGAGAUCUGUCUGCGGCGAACCAAUGAACCGCUGCUAUCUGCAAACGGCGAGCGGAGAUCCUUUUGCAGGGCCAAGCAAGGAACAAUUAACCUUGACAGCUUUAUAGAGGCAAGCGAGGGUGAAAGCAAAAGAAGUUUCCAUCAUUUGCAGCAUUCCAUACACAGAAGAAGAACAAAAACGAAGCAAAAGAAAAGAAAUCCAAACCACAACACUUGUAGUCUAUCCACCUAUAUUAACUUCUGGUUUCUAAAACCCUAAUAUCAAGCCUACAAAAAAGUGUUAAAAAGAAAGUGAACCUUUUAGAGCAUAAAGGAUACAAAAGAAGAAAUGAAUGGCAUUGGGGGGUUAUGAGGGUAGAGACAAGGGUAAAGGGUAAAAUCGAAAAAAAAUAGUGGUUAAAGAUAAAAGGGCAAACUCGUAUUUUAACACCCAAAACUAACAGUCCACUACAACUGACAGAGGAGGGGGUUGUAAAUCACUCAAAUUACAAAACAAUUAGGGUUCACUUUGUUUAAUACCUACUUUUCUUAUAAAUCUAUUUGUUUUGUAAUUAUUGUUUGCGCAAGAGAUCAAUAUCUUGUUGCUUGCCUCCACACGGACCACACCAGGGUGGGGCUAAUGAGAGUGCGUGUUAAAGCAUCAAUACGGAUGAAAUUUUUUAUUUCUUGGGAAUGAGGCAAUAAAUUCAUGGGCUCCUAUUUCUAGGCAUAGGAACCAUGCAACUAGGUAGCGUUCUUUUUCCCCUAUUGUUUUAUGGGCAAAGAACGCUCCCUAAUCGCGCGACUCUGCACCAAAUAUAGAGGGGGCCAAAAUGGCGCCCCCACCUCUACGAAAAUAAAAUGCCGUCCCUUUUAAAGCCCAUGUGCACGCAUCAAAAUUGUCUGCCGUGAGGUGGUGAGGACGUGAGGUGCAAUGAACAUCCGUAUGGGUGUAUGGCCGGACCCUUCUAGCUGUUGGAUACUCACUGCACCUCACCACUCACUGUAGACAAUUUAGACUCCAUGUGCACCUCAUUGGCCCCUCAUGUUGUCACAAGAUUUGCAACUUUACGUGACUAGGGGCACUCUUUUUUCCUUGUUUUAAAUCUCUAGAUUUUACGAAAUUCUCAUCUCAAAUUCCUACCAACGAGUGCAUCCUCCAAUGCCCCUCUAACGACCAUCCAAGGGCGAGAGAUGUGUGUCUAAGUUUUCCCAACCCUUGAAUGAGUCGUAGUUGGAGAGGAACCCAAUCCCCCCGCAACAACCUCUAGAAAAAAAAAAAAAAUUGACAAAGGGGAUGUUAGAAGUGUAUGCCGUCAGCGUAUGAAGUCAUCUGAGUUGGUCGAGUUUGGUCAAUCCAUGGAAUCAACCUUGUCUUCUGCAAUCUCUUUUACGUCUGAGACUAUGUAUUUAAUGGUAGUCCCAAAAAACAAAAAGGUUAAGUCUAUGGUCAAGGGUACCAGUCAGUGGCUUUGCCUUCGGACCUCUUGUCACUUAUAAUUCAAUUGUCUCUUUUCUAUUGUGUCCAAGAGAGGAUGAAUAAAAGUGAAAAAACAAAAGAAACUGGGUCAGCCAUGGAUUAAGUAAACGGACUUGAAUAAGGUGAACCACCCGAUCUGAAUCGAUAUGGGAUGCACGAUCUCGAUUAUCAAAAGGUAUGUUUAAAAAGUAUAUUUUUUUUUCAAAAGAUAUGUAUAUUGAUCAUUCAAUAGUCACAUAUACUAGACACUUAGGUGUCUAUUAGGAAAAAAAAAAGCCCCCUUUCACACACUUUUAAAAAAUAACAAAUAAUAUUUUUAAUCAUUUUAAAGACUUUUCAUAAUUAUUAGAAUUCCUCACAUGAUUCUAAAUAUUAAGAAGAAUCAACAUAACCAAUUGUUACACAUUAGAAUUUUGAACUAUACUGUUGCAAUGUCCUUUGGAUUUGAAUAAACAAUGGAUUUAAUAAGCCACAUUACAAAGUUAGGGUGAAAUAAAAGUUUUUUAGCUCUUUCUCAAUGAUGUAGCUGAUUAACUCAUCAUUCAUAUCCUAACACUCGAUCAUUCACCAAUCCCUUUUUAUAUAUGAAAUUGACUUUUGACCUGUGAAUGUUUAGAGAAUUCACUGAGAAAAAUCUCAUCAUAUUUGACCUUACCUUAAUGCGCAUCACAAUUAAUAUUCCUUCAUCUAGAAUGAGCUCUGCAUAAGUAAAAGUUUUAUAACUCAUAAUCUUUUCAUUGUGGUGGAUACUAUUUUAUCAUCUAAAUUGAAAGAGAGAAAAUUAUGAAAUCUUACACUGAUGCAAAGAAAAAGAAUGGAAAAACAAGAACAAUUAAUCACACAAUGUACAUAGGUUUAUGAGGUUUGAUAGGAUUAUCUUCGUUUUUAAUAAGAUAAAAUCCUACUUUCCUAGCAAUGGGGAAUAUGGCUACAAACCCAGUAGACUCGUCCUCAAGCCUUUCACAACUCACUUACGUUAAAAAAAAUAAUAAUAAAUAAAUAAAUAAAAAUAAAUAAAUCUCACUAUAAAAUGAUUUCGUUUCCUCCCCUUUCAACAUUAUUUCACCAUAGCAGUGCAGCCUCCGUGAUUGAAGGUCUGGUCUGGUAUGAAAUGGAAGCUUCCUGAGUGCAUUUAACGCUGCUACUUCACGCAAUACCAUCUUUUGUCUUUCUUCUAUUGUUGAAGAAGGAGAAGGUCGGUCCAAUCUUUUGUCACUACUCCAUUUUGUCUCUUAGUCCUGGCCGCCUUUUCCACGGCAUGGACUUCGUUCAAUUGCCGUGUAAAAGCGUAAACGUGGACUUCUCUGGAGAGAAAGAGAGAGAGAGAGAUGUGUAGCCGCGUAGGACCCGCGAACAUGACAGCUCUUCUGUUUUUCCCAACCUUAUUUAUUACAAUAUUAAUUAAGAGUCAUGGUGGGUUGGGGGAUGUUUUCGAAUGCCUCCCACCACUUUGGUGCUCUCUCUUGACUUCUUCACGUUUUUAAUUAUUUUAUAUAUAUGAUGAGAAAUGGAAAAGUAUUCAGGUGGUCGUUAUUGGUUUCAUGCUCUUAUCUUCUUCUCCUCCUCAAUUUCUGCUAAAUAUCAAGCUCGUCUUUCCCUGCUUGUGCAAAGAUGAUGAUGGGUGUGAGAAACAGGGCAUGGGUCUUCGACUGUGUUAUGUUUCUCUGCUUUUCUCUCAAUACCCAUCUCUGUUUUGGAGCUGGAGCUGGAGCUGGAGCUGGAGCUGGAAUUCUCUCGGUUGGUGAAUCUAUUUCUGGAGAUCACACCAUAAUCUCUAUAGGCGAUGGGAACUUCGAACUGGGUUUCUUCACUCCAGGUAAGACUCAGAACUACUACGUCGGUAUUUGGUACAGAAAGAUAUCAGAAAAGACCGUCGUUUGGGUGGCAAACAGGGAUAAACCCCUUUCUGAUAAGUAUUCUUCACAACUGAAGCUCUUAGAUGACGGGAAUUUAGUUAUCCUCGACCCAUCUAAAACCCUUAUCUGGUCGACGAACUUGACCUCCAAAACCCCAAAAUCUACUGAGGCAGCACUUCUUGACUCUGGAAAUUUUGUUUUGAGAAAUGUUUCCAAUUCCUCUGCUUUCGUUUGGGAAAGCUUUGAUCACCCAGCUAAUACUUGGUUGCCUGGUGGAAAGCUUGGGCUAAAUAAACGCACCAAUAAAUCACAGCUCCUCACUUCUUGGAAGAAUUCAGAGGAUCCUGCUCUGGGUAUCUUCGCUCUUGAGCUAGAUCCUGCUGGAACUAGUCAGUAUUUUAUAUUGUGGAAUGUGUCUGUUAAGUACUGGACUAGUGGGACUUGGGAUGGUCAUAUUUUCAGCUUAGUUCCUGAGAUGAGAAGUAACUAUAUCUACGAUUUCACCUAUGUUUCCAACAAGGACGAAAGCUAUUUCACUUAUAGUUUAAAAAAUUCCUCUAUUAUCUCUAGAUUUGUCAUGGAUGUGUCCGGGCAGAUCAAGCAACUUAGUUGGCUGGAUGGUGUCGGUUGGAAUUUAUUUUGGGCUCAACCGAGACAGCAAUGCGAGGUUUAUGCUCUUUGUGGGGCUUUCGGAACCUGUAAUCAGCAAGCUGCGUUUGCUUGUGGGUGUUUGCAAGGUUUCAGUCCACGUUACCCAACAGACUACACAAAUCUUAGUGAUUGGUCUGGUGGGUGUGUGAGGAAUACCCAAUUGCAGUGUGUGAAUAAUGCUUCUGUUAAUGGGGAGAAAGAUGGGUUCUUGUUGAUAACCAAUAUAACAUUGCCCAUAAAUCCGAAAUCUUUGGCAGUUGAGAGUGCCCAAGCCUGUGCAUUAGCUUGCUUGAAUAACUGUUCUUGUAAUGCCUAUGCUUAUAAUGAUAACUGCUCCGUGUGGGAAGGAGAUCUCUUGAAUAUGCAGCAACUCUCAGAUGGCACCACUGUUGGAGGGAACCUAUAUCUCAAACUUGCUGCCUCUGAACUUUUGAAAUCAACUUCCGGAGGUAAUAAGAAAGGAUCAGCUACUGGUGCAAUUGUGGGUGCUGUUUCAGGGGCUGUAGCCCUCUUGGGUCUCGUGGCAGUGCUAAUAUGGUUGAGGCAGAGGAGGACUUUUGUAGGACGUUCCAAGCCCGUCGAGGGCUCAUUGGUUCCAUUUUCAUACAGAGAAUUACAGAGUGCAACCAAGAACUUCUCUGAAAAGCUGGGGGGAGGAGGAUUUGGUUCUGUAUUUAAAGGAACACUGCCUGAUUCCACUGUUGUAGCUGUGAAGAAGCUUGAAGGCAUCAGUCAAGGCGAGAAGCAGUUUCGAACUGAAGUUAGCACAAUUGGGACCAUUCAACACGUUAAUCUUGUUCGCCUCCAUGGCUUCUGCUCUGAAGGUACUAAAAGAUUGCUGGUCUAUGACUUCAUGCCAAAGGGGUCUUUAGAUUCCCAUCUGUUUCAUGUAACAAGGGAAUCUGAGGUUUUAGACUGGAAAUUGAGAUAUGAAAUUGCAAUUGGGACGGCUAGGGGAUUAACUUAUCUGCAUGAGAAGUGCAGAGACUGCAUCAUACACUGUGACAUCAAACCUGAGAACAUUCUUUUAGAUGCUGAAUUCUGUCCCAAGGUGGCUGACUUUGGCCUGGCAAAGCUUGUUGGUCGGGAAUUCAGUCGGGUUCUGACAACCAUGAGAGGGACCAGAGGAUACCUUGCACCAGAGUGGAUUUCGGGUGUGGCCAUCACAACCAAAGCUGAUGUUUACAGCUACGGUAUGAUGCUCUUUGAGUUAAUAUCUGGGAGGAGAAACUCCGAUCAACCUGAUGGUGAGAGGGUUGGUUUCUUUCCUUCUUGGGCAGCAACCAAAAUUAAUGAAGAUGGAGAAAUCCUUAGCCUUUUGGACCACAGGCUAGAAGGUAAUGCUGAUCUUGCAGAACUCACUAGAGCUUGUAAAGUUGCUUGUUGGUGCGUCCAAGAUGCCGAAGGUCAUAGGCCAUCCAUGGGGCUGGUGGUUCAGAUACUGGAGGGGGUAAUGGAUGUUAGCCCACCUCCCAUCCCCAGAACUCUCCAAUCUCUUGCGGAGAACCAUGAGCACAUAGUUUUCUUUGCUGAGCCUUCUUCAAACCAGAGUUCACAAACACGGAGUCCCUCCUCUGGUACUCCCUCUCAGGCCAAGAGCACUACGUCAUCCACAAGUUCCAUGGCAUGAAAUUUCUGAAACUGAGUAAGGAGUUCUUAAGCUGGUCACCCAUUUAGUUCAGAGAACAAAGUAUUUCUGCAGUUCUACAUCAAAGCGUAGAACUAUAGUCUCAGCUGUUUCUUUAGUAUCUAUUCACCAUGUUUCGACGAUCUUGAUUGCAAGUCCUUUUUUUUUUUUUCUGUUUGGUUCAGUUCUCAGAUAUGUUACUGGUCACAAAUACUAGCUAGAAAUACAAAUUAACAGUUAAUAGGAAAAAUCACUUCCAUCA